UCUUUAUUUACAGGGUGAUCACUGCAAUUCUAGUGAUAUUGGGCCACACGCCCAUCCCGCUUCUGAUCGCAUCUGAAAACCCCAUGUGGAUAGAAAAAGCCUACGACUACCCGCCGAUGCACGUCCUGCUGCAAGGUCACCUCAUCACGCUGACCUUCUUCCUCAUCUCCGGCUUCCUGCUCGCCUACAACUUCCAGCUGAUAGCCGAGAAGACAAAGUUCACAUGGAAACUUCUCCCGAGGGCCAUCUUGAACAGAUUUUUGAGAGUGACACCAAUAUGCAUCAUGGCGCUCUUGCUCACCGCCACUUUGAUGAGGCACACCACACAAGGACCAUUUUGGGAGGAGAUCAUAGGAUGGGAGGUGCGAGACUGCCGCAACUACUGGUUCUACAACUUGUUCUACUUGAACAACUACAUCGACCACUCGCAGUGCAUUCUCCAGACAUGGUACCUGGCGUGCGACAUGCACCUGCACAUCAUCGGCAUGGCCGUGAUCGUGCUGUCGCCCAGCACCAGGGUGCGCUGGUGGGUCAUGGGUGCGCUCUACGUCAUCGGCACGCUCUGGCCGGCAUACCACAUCUACUCCAUGGACCUGGACGCCACACUACUCGCCAACCCCUCCACGAUGACUUCGUUCUUCAUCUCGAACCCGACGUUCAACUACAUCUACAAGCGCACGCACGGCAACAUGCCCACUUUCAUCACGGGCAUGGCUCUCGGCUACCUGGUCUACGACUGGCAGAAGAAGAACAUCUUCUCAAAGGACUUGUCGAGAUACCGCAAGUUCUACUUGCUGCUGUUCCCUCUCCUGCUGCUGGUGACGACGUCGGCGGGCAUGCUGUACUGCGGCAACCGGCCGCGCGCGCCGGUGUGGGCGCGCCUGCUGUUCGCGCCCAUCGUCAAGCCGAUGUUCGUGGCCUGCGUGUCUCUGACGCUGCUGGGCGCCAUGUUCAAGAUUGACAGGAUAUACCGACAGUCGCUGGUGUGGAGACCCUGGACGCCGCUGGCCCGCAUAAGCUACUGCAUCUUCUCCUUCCACGUGAUGGUGCUGAGGUUCCUUGGAGGCACCAGAACCACUCUGAACUACCUCUCGUACUCCCACACGACGCACGACUACAUCGGGGUCACAAUCCUGACGAUCAUAAUGGCGACGGUAUGCUACCUGCUCGUGGAGGCUCCGUUCGCUCAGUUGGUGAGGAUAUUGUUGUCCUCGAAGCCACGACAGAAAGCCGCGGUCAAUGGUGCCAACGCAAACGAAGCUGUAGGAAAUGGAGCUGCAGCAAAUGGAAUUGCAGGAAACGGUACUGUCUCAAAUGGAACAGUAGAGGCAGUUGUAAAGAACGGUACGGCAAAUGGAACGGCAGUUAACGGAAUUUCAGCCAAUGGAACUACGCUUAAUGGUACUUCAUUCAAUGGGUCAGCACUGAAUGGCCACGCUUUGACAGAACAAGUAACAACGGGUAAAGAUAAAGAUGCGUAGAUGUUACUAGUAUUAAAGGUAGCAAUUGGCGCAAUUGCAAAGGCAUGUAAAAUAAAGAUAACUACAAAUUUUGUUAUAUUAUAUAGCAGUGGAUGUAAGAUUUCGUCUAGAGUUAUAUUAUCAUGGUUUUUGUCAACGAUACUGAUUUUUGUAUACUUAGUGAUAGUAAUGAUACGCGCAGUACUGCAAGGCUCCAUAAAUAAGUAUAAAUACUGUUAGGCAUUCCAGAAAAUGGCUGUAUGAUCAAAUAUUUCAUAGUUUAAGCUAUGGGUGGAAGUAUAAAUGGAAAUGUUAGCUAAUUAAUAAAUACUAUUAUACAUCUAGACAACGUAGAAAUCAUUUUGUUAUCAAGAUCGAUUCGAUAUAGAAUUCUGCGAAGGUAUUUCGUUAUUAGAAAGCAUCGCAGCGAAACUAUUACAUAACGAAUCCAUAUUAAAUAAUAAUGUGAUUAUCUAGAACUAGAUUGUAGGCACUUGCCUAAAAUAUUGUUGCCAUUAAUUUAAUUUAGGUUUAUGUUUUAUACAUGCCAAUCGGAACGUUAGAAUUAGGAGCCGAAACUAGGGAAUAAAUGCAAUAUGUAAAAAACCAGGAAGUCUUUUGAAUGUUUUCGUAUUAAUUCAAUCGUUAGUCUAAACGUACGACCCGGUCAAGUUAACUGCGCACUUGGCAGCCGUGACGUCACAUCGACGCUCUAGUAUAGGGCGAACGCGGGGAGGUGUGCGGGUAGGUGGGAGGGAGAGUCGCAUUCCAGCGAGGUGCGCUUAGCUCGAUCGGCUUGUAGUAUGAUAACAACGAGCACAAAUUUACUAAAUAUGAGAUACACACUGUCAAAACGCAAUGCCAUAGAUAAAAUAUCAUUCUUCCGAUUACUUGUCAGUUUGUCACCCUACCGUAAUCGAAAGGCCUCCUAGCCCCCGGAUCUCAAAUGUUGACCUUAUUCAAAAUAUCACAACUUUCAAAAUAUUGAAACUGCACUUCGCAUGUUUCUGCCAAUUCUGCCAACUCUUUUGAGGAGUGAUGUCGUAAAAAUUGCCGCAUCGUAUAGAUCCUUUACUCUAAAGCACCUAGUCAAGGCAUAAUUGUAUAACUGUGAUGAGUAUUUUGUGAUGUAUCAAUGUUGUCGUUUGGACGUUUAAUGAAUGUAAUUUUAUUAGUUGUUAUAAAUAAGGUGGCUGUAAUAAUAAAUUAUUUUCACGUUUUU